UGAGAUGAUGUAGUCUUCAGUGCUGCUGCAAUGAAAGGAUGACCCUCGAUGCACUCGACCCCACACUACUACCGGCUUAGAUGGAGUCUGUUCACUAGCUGGAAAACCAACCGCAGCUAGUUUCGCGUGUUUGUAACCUCUGAAACUUGCUUACAAUGCUACUUCGCUGGAUCGUUUCCUCCAACUCCAGGAAUGCAGUGUCUUGGUAAAGUUCAACAUGUACUCGACAGACCUUACGUGAAUGGCUAGGUCUCCUAAUGGUCAACCACCCCGUAUGCUAGCUCCCGUGCUCGGUCUGGGCAAUCAAUUCCAGUUCACUGGUUCAACAUGGGCCUAUUCCAAAGGUCAGGGAUCUGAUAUGGCUCUUGACCUUUCUUGUCUCUCGGUUGCCACAAUCCUGCAAUACAUCUCCAGUGCUCCAGCCGCUUAUAGUGCACGUUACCUCGCCGCGCCAAUGCCAACUAUAUGGAUGACAUGGGCAGCUGUGGUGCUCCGCGCCUUGUGACGACACCCAACCCUGUCAGCCUUUAGAUAUAAGUGCCUUGUCUCUCCGUCCCAACUCGGAUUCUCUAAGCAUCUUGUUGACUGUGUCUUCACCACUUAGAUUUCAAAAUGCGGUUCCAGACGUUCCUAACGGGUGUAAUCACCCUCGCCUUGAGUGUAAAUGCAUACUGGCUUGAAGACGUAAAGCACCAAGGUGUUGCACCUUUCGGUGGUGAUGGAUAUACGGUUUUCCGUAACGUGAAGGACUUCGGUGCUAAAGGUGAUGGAACAACAGAUGAUACUGCUGCUAUCACUAAGGCCAUGAACACACCUGACAAUAGGUGCUUACAAGGAUGCGCCUCCUCCACUACUAAGCCAGCAGUUGUCUACUUCCCAUCAGGAACCUACUUAAUCUCGUCAUCUAUUGUCCCUCCUUACUUUACGCAGAUGGUCGGCGACCCGACCAACCGCCCUGUAUUAAAAGCCACCAGCAACUUCCAGGGUUUUGGUUUGAUUGACGGCAACCCGUACUACACCGAGAACUUGAACUGGAUAUCGACGAAUGUAUUCUAUCGCCAAGUACGAAACUUUGUCAUCGAUACCACUGGUAUCGCACCAGGCACCCCAGCAACCGGCAUGCACUGGCCGACUUCCCAGGCGACCAGUCUUAUCAAUGUCGAGUUCAACAUGCCGACCGACCCAAGCGUCGUCCACGUCGGUUUAUUCAUUGAGAGCGGAUCUGGUGGUUUCAUGAGUGACUUGACCUUUAACGGUGGUGCUACAGGAGCAUCUAUGGGUAACCAGCAAUACACUAUGAGAAACAUUACCUUCAACAACGCUCAGACUGCCAUCAUUCAACUUUGGAACUGGGGAUGGACUUAUAUUGGACUGAACAUCAACAACUGCCAGAAGGGUAUUAACAUUACCGCUACCGGCGACUCUGGGCUCAACGUCGGCUCCCUCACGGUUAUCGACAGCACAUUCAAGGAUACCCCUGUCGGUAUCACGACCGCGUGGCAGACCGGGUCUAAGCCUGCAACCGCAGCAAGCAUGAUCAUCGAGAACUUGAACCUCCAGAACGUCCCUGUCGCAGUUGAGGGUCCUGGUAGUUCGACAUUACUUGCAGGUGGCACGAAGACGAUUACCGGAUGGGGACAGGGUCACCAGUACACUCCCAAUGGACCAAACACAUUCCAAGGAGAUAUUACCCCUAACGACCGACCUUCGGCUCUUCAGGCCGACAGCGUGUUUUACUCCCGAUCAAAACCUCAAUAUGAGAGCCUUACUGUGUCUGAUAUCGUGAGCGCUCGAACCUCUGGUGCCAAGGGUGACUCCACAACCGAUGAUACCGCAGCACUUCAAUCUGCCAUCAACAGCGCUGCUUCCGGCGGAAAGGUUCUCUUCCUCGACUUCGGUAUCUACAAAGUCACCGACACUCUGAUCAUUCCAGACGGCGCGAAGAUUGUCGGAGAAGGCUAUCCCAUCAUCGUAGCAAGUGGUGCCAAGUUUGGCGACAUGAGCAACCCGAAGCCUCUAUUGCAGGUCGGAGCUAAGUCAGGCGAUGCUGGUCAAGUAGAGUUUUCGGACUUUGUCGUCGGAUCUCAAGGAGCAGCGCCCGGUGCUACUCUUAUCGAGUGGAACCUGGCCUCCAAGGCCGAUACUCCUAGCGGAAUGUGGGAUGUCCAUGCUCGUGUUGGUGGAUUCCAGGGCUCGGACUUCCAGGUUGCCCAGUGCCUGAAGCAACCCGGGUCUAGCACUGUGAACACAAACUGCAUCGGAGCUUACAUGCUGAUGCACGUUACACCAUCGGCAAGUAACUUGUACAUGGAGAACACAUGGUUAUGGACAGCCGACCACGAUAUUGAGGAUUCCAACAACACCCAGAUCACCGUUUACGCUGGCAGGGGUCUUUACAUCGAGUCAACCGUCGGUAACUUCUGGCUUGUCGGAACCGCCGUCGAACACAACAAUCUUUACAACUACCAAUUCGCCAACACGAAGAACAUCUUCGCCAGCAUGCUCCAGACAGAGACGCCGUACUACCAACCCACGCCCGAUGCCACCGUACCUUUCCCCGUAGUUGCAGCUCUCAAGGACCCCGAUUUCAAGACCUCUUGCUCUGGUGUUUCAGGAAACUGCGCCAACGCAUGGGGUUUACGAAUUAUCGACUCCACAGACAUUUACAUCUACGGAGCCGGUCACUACUCGUUCUUCAAUAACUACAGUACUACUUGCUCCACGGUAGAGGCUGGUGAAAACUGCCAAUCCCGAAUCGUCUCGCUCGAAGGCUCGACAUCCAAUGUCAACAUUUACGCCCUCAAUACGAUCGGCUCGCUAAGCAUGAUCGAUAAAGACGGCACGAGCUUGGCGAAGUGGCAAGACAACCAGAACGUCUUCCCAUCGAAUGUCAUGCUGUUCAGGACAGGUUAGGACCCGUCUGAACGCUUAUAUAUGUCGGCAGGAACGUCGUUUUUACAUGGUUAUCUGGGUUAUGGGAGAAUCGAGGCUAGGUCUUCGGGGCAUAUCAUGGGACUUGCAUAUUUUUCGCUGUAUAUCCUUUCGCUUUUUGCGUAAAUACCUAUUCUUUCAUGUAUAUAGUAGGUGAAAUUUUGGACUAGGUAGUAGGUAGGCUCGAAUCGAAUUUAGCGUUUUGAACAAUUUUCGAAAAUAUUUCGCCUUUUCUCUCUCCCUCUACACGUGGUGUCCGAAAUCUCCAUCAACCUUCCAGCGAAUAUCCCACCUCGCCGCUCUCGCGCCCCAAUUUCACCAACCGCGCGCGCAUUCCUUCGGCCCUGUCCCUGUGCCUUUCAGGCAAUCCACUGAAAUCGCAUCCAUCCACCCACUGCAAUU